CUGCUCUAUCCCACAGUUUCUCAAGUUCAAACAGCGAAGUGAGAGAGAGAGAGAUCGCCGGACAUCAAGAAGAAAGAGUGAUAAAUAGAGAAAAGGUGAGGAGUUAGCAGAUAUGGCUGAUAGAGGUUUAAAGGUUGGAAUUGUGGGAUAUGGACAUUUAGGCCAGUUUCUUGUUGAGAAGAUCCAGAAGGAAGGGCCUGAGGCAGGGCUGCAGUUAGCCUUUGUCUGGAACCGAAAUGCAGACAAACUUAGAGAUUCACUGCCCAGAGAGCUGAUUCUACAUGACCUCUCAGAUUUCACGCGCAGAGACACCGAUGUAAUAGUGGAAGUGUGCCAUCCAAUGAUAGUUAAAGAGUUCGGGGUCAGAUUUCUGUCACAUGCUCACUUCCUGGUGGGCAGCCCUUCUGCCCUCUCUGAUCCCCAGCUCGAGCAAGAUCUUCGCACGGCUGCAAAACAACAUGGGAAAACACUUUAUGUGCCCAGUGGUGCAUUAUGGGGGGGACAAGAUAUUCAAAAAAUGAAUGACAGUGGAACUUUACAGGCUCUCUCCAUCCGAAUGUCUAAACAUCCUUCUUGCUUUCGGCUGACUGGUGGUCUGCUCUCUGAUUGGACGGAGGGAGAGGGGAGGCGGGUCUUGUACCACGGCUCAGUGGCAGAGCUCUGCCCCAUCGCCCCAAAUAAUGUGAACACUAUGGCAGCAGCGGCCAUAGCCGCAUCAAAGCUGGGCUUCAAUGGGGUUAGCGGAGAAAUCGUCUCAGAUACUGCAUUAUCAGACUACCAUAUUGUGGAGGUUGAGGUAACUGGUCCAGAUGGGUUCACAGUGAAAACAGUGAGACAAAACCCAGCCAAACUAGGAGCUGUAACAGGAAAUGCCACAUACAAUUCCUUCUGGAGCAGCUUACUGGUCUGCAAGGGUCACGGAGGAAGGGUAUAUCUGUGUUGAUGACAAUGGAUUGCUGCACAAAGCGAACAGAUUAAAGAAAAACGCAUGAUAUAGCACAUGAUGAAUUAAUAAAACAAGCGUCAUGUUAA